CCUAGGGCAGGGGUAGGCAACCUGCGGCUCUCUAGUUGUUGUGGAACUACAUUUCCCAUGAGACAUUGCAAAAUUGACAGAUACAGCUAUGACUUGCAGAGACAUGAUGGAACUUGUAGUUCUGCAACAGCUGGAGAGCCGCAGGUUGCCUACCCCUGUCCUAGGGCAGGGGUGUCAAACUGGUGGCCCUCCAGCUCUUGCGAAAUUACAAGUCCCAUCAUGCCUCUACCUUUGGGAGUCAUGGUUCUAACUGUCAAUCUUGCAAUGCCUCAUGGGACUUGUAGUUUGGCAACAGCUGGAGGGCCGCCAGUUUGACACUGUGCUCUAAGGUGACAAAUUUGC